AUGAAACUUGGUCUGGAAGGUGUGAAAAGGGUUAAAAAGUUUUUCUAUCGCAUUCCAAUCACGGUGCUCCAGGAUACCGUGAAGUAUGAUUAUUUCACGAUCAGGAGUGAUGAGGACUUGCAGGUCAUGUUUCAUUGUCGCCGGCUGUUUUCCGAAGUGAGGACACCAGAGCUGUUGGCAAAGUUGGUUGAUGUGGUAUCCAGCUCGGGGGGUUCGAACCGGAAUACCAACACUUUAGCCACGGUUGUCAGUUCUAACUCUAGACCUGCCGUUGCUUCUUCCUCCGUCCCUGCGUACGAGCCACCCGUCCAGCCUGUCGCCUCCUCUUCGUUCGCUGUUGAUCUCAACGGUAGUGUUGGCGACGAAGUUGGAACAGGAGAAUUUAUACCGACCUCUAUACAGUGUGCUGCACCGGUUGAGGUUGGAGAUGGAUUGUUUGAUGAUCCAGAAGACGAUGAUGUCGAGCCGGAUAUGAUUGCUGAUGACAGUGGCGAUGAUAUUGGAGCGAGUCAGCCUGCAGGGGUGGGAGGUGGUUCUAGUUCUGGCACACAGCAGUACCCUCUAUAUUUUUCAUCUUUGGACCUGGAUGCCAUGAGACCUGACGGGGUACCUGGGAAGCAUGCUGGAUUUGGCGCUAGAGAUGCAGAAGGGUCUGCUGGUAUGACAGAGUUCCAGGUUGGUCAGCAAUUUCAGGAUAAAGAUGAGGCCCUUUUAAGUGUGAAGACUUACAGCAUCCGCCGAGGGGUACAGUACAAGGUAGUGGAGUCUGAUUAUCGCCGGUAUGUGGGCAAGUGUUCUGAGUUCGGGAAUGGGUGCACAUGGUUGAUUAGGCUGAGUCUCCGGCAGCGCAAGGGCAUUUGGGAGGUCAAACGGUACAAUAGACCGCAUACUUGUCUGGCCAGCUCCAUCUCCAGCGAUCACAGGAGUUUGGAUUAUCAUGUGAUAUCGGCCUUCAUUAUGCCAAUGGUUAGGGCUGAUGCAUCCGUCAGCAUCAAGGUGCUCCUAAAUGCGACGACCUCACACUAUGGGUUCAGGCCGACGUACAGGAGGGUCUGGUUGGCGAAGCAGAAGGCUUUUGCCGUCAUUUAUGGUGACUGGAAGAGUCGUACAACGAGCUCCCAAGGUGGGUGUUAG